AUGGAGGGAGCCACGCUUGGGGAGGGCGCGGACCUGACCGCCGUCCUGGCACAAGGCGGUCGGGUGCGAACCUCCAGGCCCUCCGGGUUAAGGUGCCGCCCAGAGCCCUCAGGCUCGGGGCGCAUGGAAACCACAGGCAGGGUGCGCGUGGAGAGACGGGGAAAGCGGGGCGGGCUGGGGGCGCCCCGGGAACCUGAACCUCCCACCCCGCCUCCGUCUCGACCACUCCUUAAGCCCCGCCCCGCCCCAGGUAAGGCGCAGUCCACCCCCAUUCCCAGUAGAUUAACGCACAGGUGGGGGCGCGCUCGGGACGUAGCUGCGCUAGGGGACAGCGCGCCCAGCCCAGUAGCGGGGGCGAAGAGCAGGGCGGGGCCCAGCAGGCACCUAGCUUUGUUAGCGAUGCUCCCCGUGAGCCACGCGCCACGCGUACGCGCUUCCUCAAUGGGGCCGGGCGUGGGGCCGCGCCCUGCACAAUUGGUCAAACAGGUGGCCCACGAUUGGCUGAGACCCUGGCCCCCGCCUCCUCGGCCCCAGGAGGGCGGGGCGUGGGUGUGGGCUGCGCGGCGCGUGCUGCCCCCGGGGAUCUUGCGCGCCUCCCGGACAGCCGUGUUGUCGCCAGGGCCACGCCUUCCCUCCCACAGCGGGCGCUGCGCGUGCGAAGGUCUGGCGGCUCUUGGGACUUACGGGGCUGAGCGCGGGGUUAGGGUGGGGGUACGGGAAGGCUCAACCCAGGACCUGCGUACCUUGUUUUGGGGGCGCACUGAGCACCUGCUGGGAGCAGGGGGCGCACCCGGAACCCGCAGAUUUCGCCAGUUGGGCGCACUGGGGAUCUGUGGACUGCGCCCUGGGGAUGGGCUAGGGGGACAUGCGCACGCUUUGGGCUUUACAGAAUGUGAUCGCGCGAGGGGGAGGGCGAAGCGUGGCGGGAGGGCGAGGCGAAGGAAGGAGGGCGUGAGAAAGGCGACGGCGGCGGCGCGGAGGAGGGUUAUCUAUACAUUUAAAAACGAGCCGCCUGCCCCGCGCCUGCGGAGACCGGGGAGAGUCCGGCCGCACGCGCGGGACACGAGCGUCCCACGCUCCCCGGCGCGUACGGCCUGCCACCACUAGGCCUCCUGUCCCCGGGCUCCAGAGGACCUAGGACGCGUGCCCUGGGGAGUUGCCCGGCGGCGCCAGAAGCCCCCUUGGCGCGCCACCGUUUUCCCCAUCGCCUCCGGUUCCUCUGCCUGCACCUUCCUGCGGCGCGCCGGGACCGGUAGCGGGCGGGUGGAUGCAGGCGCGAUGGACGGCGGCGCACUGCCCAGGUCCGCGCCCCCUGCGCCCCGCGUCCCUGUCGGCUGCGCUGCCCGGCGGAGACCCCCGUCCCCCGAACUGUUGCGCUGCAGCCGGCGGCGGCGACCGGCCACCGCAGAGACCGGAGGCAGCGCAGCGGCCGUAGCGCGGCGCAAUGAGCGCGAGCGCAAUCGCGUGAAGCUGGUGAACUUGGGCUUCCAGGCGCUGCGGCAGCACGUGCCGCAGGGCGGCGCCAGCAAGAAGCUGAGCAAGGUGGAGACGCUGCGCUCGGCCGUGGAGUACAUCCGCGCGCUGCAGCGCCUGCUGGCCGAGCACGACGCCGUGCGCAACGCGCUGGCGGGAGGGCUGAGGCCGCAGGCCGUGCGGCCGUCUGCGCCCCGCGGGCCGCCUGGGACCACCCCGGUCGCCGCCUCGCCCUCCCGCGCUUCUUCGUCCCCGGGCCGCGGGGGCAGCUCGGAGCCCGGCUCCCCGCGUUCCGCCUACUCGUCGGACGAUAGCGGCUGCGAAGGCGCGCUGAGUCCUGCGGAGCGCGAGCUACUCGACUUCUCCAGCUGGUUAGGGGGCUACUGAGCGUCCUCGACCUAUGAGCCUCAGCCCCGGAAGCCGAGCGAGCGGCCGGCGCGCUCAUCGCCGGGGAGCCCGCCAGGUGGACCGGCCCGCGCUCCGCCCCCCAGCGAGCCGGGCACCCCCCCCCCCGCACCGCUGACGCCGCCUCGUCCGUCCGGCCCAGCCUGACCAAUGCCCCGGUGGAAACGGGCUUGGAGCUGGCCCCAUGAGGGCUGGCGGCUUCCUCCGACGCCGUCCCUCCCCACAGCUUCUCGACUGCAGUGGGGCGGGGGCCACCAACACUUGGAGAUUUUUCAGGAGGGGAGAGGAUUUUCUAAGGGCACAGAGAAUCCAUUUUGUACACAUUAACUUGAGCUGCUGGAGGGACACUGCUGGCAAACGGAGACCUAUUUUUGUACAAAGAACCCUUGACCUGGGGCAUAAUAAAGAUGACCUGGACCCC